AUGAUGGGGUUGACGCCAUUCAUUGCCGCCAAUCUGGCGCUUGCAAGCCUGUUUACGGAGAGGGGAGACGCUCUUGAACCCGAAUCUGAAAUACAGAGUGAAAGUUUGAGCAUUCUUGACGUAAAGAAAAUUUUUAGCCGCGCAAGCACAUCCAUAGCGGCUCUAUCCAUGUUGGCUGCUGUAGCCGCAAUGAUAUUUGUGAUAUUCAAAUGCUUCGCGACGCUCAAGUCGUACGGAAGAAGCAAAGCGGUGCCAAGAAGACUUGCAGUAGCACCUGAAGACUCAUGCCGAGUACGCAUCUUGCUAGGAGAACUCACGCGGCACACUGAAGCUCGUGGCGCGGGAGGGUACCGAAGUUUUUUCUGA